UGUAAAGUUUAUUUUGAAAGGUGCAUUGACUGAGUUACUGUUUUACUGGACUGGCAAAGAAACGAGCACUUAAGAAUGGGAACUGCACUAUUUAUCAUUGGCUUAUUCACUCUUGCUUCGUAUGUCAGAUCAGCUCCAGUAACAUGUAGCUUGGACAAUGUGAGCAUUAAAGGAGGAUGGAUUAGUCAGACAGGGACUGAGCAUGGAAGUACAUUAACAUACCACUGUCCUGAAAAUCAUUAUCCUCACCCUAUGCCGGAGCGGAAGUGUGAGAGGACUGGUCAGUGGACACGGCUUAAAACUUUUGAUGGUGUACGUUAUACAAGAACUCCAGAAUGUAAACAAAUUAUAUGUCCAGACCCAUCAGGGUUCCAGCAUGGGUCACUGGAGCCAUCUCAGCCACUUUAUUAUAUAGGAGACACCACCACAUAUCAGUGCUAUGAAGGAUAUGAGCUGUAUGGUUCAGCAAGCAGGACAUGCCAACCUAAUGGAAAGUGGAGUGGGUCCACACCUAUUUGUAUCAGAAAAUCUGAUGAAGAGGCUUGUACAGACCCUGGGGUUCCUGCCGGCAGCAUAAGGACUGGCAAUAAUUUUGACAUUGAUGACAAGGUGACAUAUGAGUGUGCAAGAGGAUUGAUUUUCUUUGGAUCCAAAGUAAGAAUUUGUCAAGAAUCUGGGGAAUGGACUGGCUCUGAACCUGCCUGCUACUAUCCUUACACUUACGACACACCAGAAGAAGCAGCCUCUAAACUGGGUUCCAGUUUGAAUGCUUUGCUGGAGGUUUCCAAUCCUGAAAAACCUAACGAAAAAAAGGAUCAUGGAAGAAAGAUCAUUCUAAAGCAGAAUAGUAUACUUCACAUUUAUAUAGUUUUAGACACAUCGGACAGUGUUCAAGAAGAUUUUGAAAAAUCCAAAGAAUGUGUAAUGGAUUUGAUGGACAAGAUCAGUGCUUAUGAAGUUUCGCCAAAAUAUGGAAUUUUAUCCUUUGCCUCAACUACAAUUACUGUCGUUGACAUUGCUGACAAAAAGAUGGAUCCUGCUCAAGCCAUACAAAAGUUGGAAGAGUUUAAAUCAACUGAACACUUGGAUCAGACUGGAACAAAUAUAAAAGGCGCAAUGGACAAGGUGUACGAGAUGAUGAGCGCACAGAAAGCAACGUUGAAAAAUUUUAAUGAAGUUAGGAAUGUUAUCAUUUUAUUAACUGACGGUCAUGUGAACAUGGGUGGAGAUCCUUAUCCUACUGUGAGGAAAAUUCAGUAUCUGGUUGGAACUAAUGCUUCAGGAGAUGCAAGAGAUGAAUAUCUGGAUAUUUAUGGAUUUGGGGUUGGAACUGAUGUUGAUAAGGAAUUAAUUAAUAAACUGACCUCAAAGAAAAAUAAUGAAAACCAUUAUUUUCUUCUGCAAUCCCCUGAACUGUUGCGGGAAACCUUUGACAAAAUGAUAGAUGAAUCGGACAGUGUGGCAUUAUGUGGUCUUUACAAGGAUACAGAAGAGCAAAAACUGAAGCAGGGAGAUUACAAGAGGCAAGAACACUAUCCUUGGCAUGUGUCUAUCCAAAUAACUCGUCAAGGAAAAGCUGAAUCAUGUAAGGGAUCUAUUGUUGGAAAUAAGCAUGUUCUGACCGCUGCACACUGCUUCACAACAGAAGAUGAUCAAACCAAUGUUAAGGUGCUAAUCGAUGACAAGGAUGAUGAUCAGAAGAGAUCUAAAGACAAAAAGGUGAAAGCAAUCCAUCUGCAUCCGAAUUACAGCAUUUACUCAAAGAAAAAUCAGGGCAUUGAUGAGUUCUAUGACUAUGACAUCGCUGUUAUUGAACUGAAUGAAACUCUCAACACAAUAAAAAUUUCACCAAAAGCCCGUCCUAUUUGCAUUCCCUGCACUGAGGAGUCGAGGAGAGCACUGCGACUGAAACCUGAAGCAACCUGCAAAGAUCAAAUAGAAAACCUGUUCUCCCAGGACAUAGUUGAUGCAUUUUUUGUGACAGGGAUAGAAACACAAAUGAAGAAUAUGAAUGUUAAAAUAAAACUAAAGAACCAGCCUCAACUGAAAUGUAAUGAAGAUGCAUUAAAGGCUCCUCUGUACACAAAACUCAAAGACUGGAGGGCGGUGGUGACCGACAGAUUCCUCUGCACAGGGGGCACAGAUCCAGAAAUCGACGAGGUCACAUGCAAAGGAGAUUCUGGUGGCUCUCUUGUAGUUAAAAAGAAGAGAAGAGCUUUUCAGGUCGGAGUGAUAAGCUGGGGUAACAAGAAUCUGUGUCAGCCAAAUCGAAAAUCUUCAACACCAGAUUCCCGGGACUACUAUAUCAACCUUCUUAAAGUGCAGGACUUUCUAGCAGCAAAGCUUCCACACCUCAAAUUCUCAUUAAAAAGUAACAGAGUGUCAAGUUUUUCUUUUCAACACGCAUUUUUUGGAUUUGCUGUUUCAGUUCCACUACAGAGCCAACACUUCAACAUGGGAGCCACAUCAUUAAUCAUCUGCAUUUUCAGUUUUGUUUCAUAUGCCAUAGCAGUACCAGUGACAUGCAGCGUGGCUCAUGUGGGCAUUAAGGGGGGAUCAUUUCAUGUGGUAGGGACUGGAUUUGGUAGCAAACUUCGAUAUGUUUGUCCUGAAAAUGAAUAUCCCCACCCCAUGCAAAUACGGAUAUGUGAGAGGACUGGACAGUGGACACGGCUUAAAACUAUUGAUGGAUCAGAUUACAACAGAAAACCAGAAUGUAAACAGAUCAUAUGUCCAGACCCCUUAGGGUUCGAGCAUGGGUCAGUUGAGCCAGCUGAUCUCCAGUAUUAUAUAGGACAGACCACCACCUAUCAGUGCUUUGAUGGAUAUGUGCUGCAUGGCUCAGAAAGCCGGACGUGCCAACCUCAUGGAAAGUGGAAUGGAACCACGCCAAUCUGUGUCAGAAGAUCUGAAGAGGAGGCCUGUACAGACCCAGGAGUUCCUGCUGGUAGCACCCGAACUGGAGAUAACUUUGACAUUGAUGACAAGGUGACAUAUGAAUGCAAAUCAGGAAUGAUUUUAUUUGGAUCCAAAGAAAGGGUUUGUCUGGAGUCUGGAGAAUGGACUGGCUCGGAACCAGCCUGCUACUUUUCUUAUACAUAUGACACAUCAGAUGAAGCAGCCUCUAAACUGGGCUCCUCUCUCAAUGCUUUGUUGGAGGUGUCAGACCCCGAAAAACCUAACAUUAAAAAGGAUCAUUCAAGGAGGAUAAUCUUAAAGCAAGGGAGCACACUUCACAUCUAUAUUGUUUUAGAUACAUCAGAAAGUGUUCAUGAGGAGUUUGAAAAAUCAAAAGAAAGUAUAAUGGAUUUGAUGGACAAGAUAAGUGCAUAUGAGGUUUCCCCAAAAUAUGCAAUUUUUUCCUUUGCAUCAAAAACAAUAACAGUUGUUGAUAUUGCUGACAAAAAGAUGGAUCCUGCUCAAGCCAGACAGAAGCUAGAAGAUUUUCAAGCUACAGAACAUGAGGAUCAGACUGGAACAAAUAUAAGGGGUGCAAUGGAGAAAGUAUAUGUGAUGAUUAGUGCUCAGAAAGCAACACUGAAAGACUUUGAUGAAGUUAGGAAUGUUAUCAUAUUAAUAACUGAUGGAAGAGUGAAUAUGGGUGGAGAUCCUUACCCUGUUGUCAGGCAAAUUCAGUAUCUAGUUGGGACAAAUGCUUCAGGAGAUGCAAGAGAUGAAUAUUUGGAUAUUUAUGUCUUUGGAGUUGGAGACGUUGAUAAGGACACUAUUAAUAAAAUGGCAUCGCACAAAACCAAUGAGGAGCAUGCCUUUGUACUAAACAAUCAUACAGAUUUGAAGGAAACCUUCGAGAAAAUGAUUGAUGAAUCAGACAGUGUUUCAUUAUGUGGUCUUCACAAGGAGUCACAAGGCUUGAAAACAACGAAGCAAGAGAAUUAUCCUUGGCAUGUUUCCAUCAUAAUAACACGGCCACAGAAAGCAGAAUCAUGCAAAGGAUCCAUUGUUGGAAACCUCUAUGUUUUGACCUCUGCUCACUGUUUCAUGCCAGAGGAUGAUGAAAACAGUGUUAAAGUGAAAAUUGAUGACAGGGAUGCUGGAAAUCCUGAUAAGCCAAUAGUGAAAUCAGUGGCGUCAAUCCUGGUGCAUCCUAAAUACAACAUUCAUUUAAAGAAGAAUGAGGGCAUUCCGGAAUUCUACGACUAUGACAUCGCUAUCAUUGUACUUAAAGAUGACGACAACAACAAAAUAAAAUUUUCACAAAAAGCACGUCCUAUUUGUGUUCCCUGCACCGAAGAGUCAAGAAGAGCACUGAGGCUGCAGCCUGGAACAUCCUGCAAAGAUCAAAUGGAUGUGCUGUUUCUCCAGGAUGUUGUAGAUGCAUUUUUUGUGACAACGGAAAACAAUGACUUGAAAAAUAUGAACGUAAAAAUAAAACUAAGAAACCAGCCUAAACGAAAAUGUAAUGAAGAUGCAUUAAAGGCUACUGUGUACUCAAAAGUAAAAGACUGGAAGGAGGUGGUGACUGAGAGAUUCCUCUGCACAGGAGGCAUAGAACCAGAAACCGAUGAGGUCACAUGCAAAGGAGAUUCUGGAGGUUCUCUUGUAAUUAAAAGGAAAAGAAGAGCAUUUCAGGUUGGAGUGAUAAGCUGGGGUAACAAAGAUAUGUGUGCGCAGAAGCGCAAGAGUUCAGAUUCUGAUUCCCGUGACUACCACAUCAACGUUCUUGAAGUACAAGAUUUUCUAAAACAGCACCUUAAGCAUCUCCAAUUCAUUGAUUAAAUUUUAUAGCUAUCAAAAAUGUACAAAAAGACAAUAGGGAAAUAUACAGUAUAACAAAACAACAAUGCAUAUUGCAUGUUUUCUUUAUUCUCUUUCAUGUUCUAGUUGUUUAAUGAACUGGGAAUGCAAUUCAAAUACUAAAAAUGUAAGUCUUCUUCUAUCGCAAUACUGUGAAACUGUAAUUUAUCUACCAUAAUAUAUUGUGAACAGUAAUAAUUUUUUUCAAUAUGAACUAAAAUAGAACAAAACUUGGCAGCAUUAAGUAUGUUUAAUUUCAAUUUGCUGCAGAAUUUGUGUACUGUUAUGCAACAGCAAUUAAAUUUUCUUUCUCUCAUGACAUCUUA